GGGAUAAAAGAGUAUCUUCAUUGUGCAUCAUGUCCAUACAAUACUCUGUGAGCUCAUUGGGAUCUUUCAUGAGAGCGAUGGAAACAGUGCGUGAGGCACUGGAAUCGCUGGAUCAGGAACCUCUGCAGUUACCAGUUCCGAAAGUUGAUCAAGAUAACACACGGAUUGACCUAAGUGUGUUGACGAGAUUUGGGGAUAUUGAAUAUGAAGAAGACUUUUCCGAUGACUCUGAUAUGGUGGACUAUGGUCUGUACGAUCAGUUAACGAAAGAAUGUGAGCGUAUUGCCUCCAAAAGAAACGAUAUGACAGCUCAAGAACUGCUGGACUCUAUUGUCUCGAUCCUCUCUAGUGAAUCGUCGGAUGACAAUUUACAGUCAUUGCUCUUUGAUAUGCUUGGUUUCGAUGAAUUCGAUCUCAUAUCAAGGCUUGUGACUGAGAAGGAACUCUUCCUCAUUGAUAUGUCGAAACAAAAACAGGAGAAACCACGCAGACAGUUCUUCACUGAGGAAGAGAUACGACAACAGGUGAAUAAACCAAAAGUCAAAACCAAUGACACCUCUGAACCAUACUAUUCUCAACCAAAGUACCCGAACGUGUUCAAAGCUUUUGAUGGGGGAAAUAUGUUGGCUUUCAAUGGACAGAAGUUUGCUCUGCCAAUGGGAACAGAGAGAAGACAGACUGAGCUCUACGAUGAAAUUCUUAUACCGAUCCAACAGAAGAAAAGACUCAGAAAUCUGAAUGAAGUUCCAGUUAUGAUAUCUGACCUCGAUGCACUCUGUCAGGGGACUUUUAAGGGUUAUUCUUCGUUGAAUAGAAUGCAAUCCUUGGUUUACCCUGUUGCCUACAACACUAACGAAAAUAUGCUGGUCUGUGCUCCAACAGGUGCUGGUAAAACAGAUGUGGCACUUCUGGCCAUUCUUCAUACCAUUUCCCAGUUUACAACAGAGACAGAAGACACUAUAGACAUCGACUAUGGUGAAUUUAAGAUCGUGUACGUUGCACCAUUGAAGGCCCUCGCUGCUGAGAUUGUCGAGAAGUUUCAAAAAAAGUUACAAUGGCUCGGUAUACAAGUCAGAGAGCUUACUGGUGAUAUGCAACUUACUAAAGCAGAGAUCCUUGCAACCCAGAUUAUUGUGACGACACCAGAGAAGUGGGAUGUUGUUACUCGUAAAGGUAACGGUGAUAACGAGUUGGUCAAUAAGGUCCAACUAUUGAUCAUUGACGAGGUCCAUUUGCUUCAUGAAGAGCGUGGUUCAGUUAUCGAGACCCUUGUGGCUCGUACCCUUCGUCAAGUUGAAAGUACUCAGUCAAUGAUUAGGGUUGUUGGUCUAUCUGCAACUUUACCAAAUUUCGUCGACGUGGCUGAUUUCUUAGGUGUUAAUAGGCAAAUUGGUAUGUUCUUCUUUGACCAAUCGUUCAGACCAAUCCCACUGAAGCAAGAACUUCUUGGUGUUGUUGGUAAGAGUGGCUCGAAACAAGCAAGAGAAAAUAUCGAUAAGGUUGCCUACGAAAAGCUUGUUGAGGAGCUCAGAAAUGGAGCACAGGUCAUGGUAUUUGUCCAUUCAAGAAAGGACACUGUGAAAACUGCACAGACAUUUGCCCGCAUGGCACGGGACUUCAAUGAGACAUCAUUAUUUGACUGUUCUGAGAGUGAUCAAUUCGAGAGAUUCAAACGUGAGAUGUCUAAGAAUCACAAUAAAGACCUUCGGGAGACUUUUGAAACCGGUUUCGGAUGUCAUCAUGCCGGUAUGUUGAGAGCUGAUCGUAAUCUAACGGAAAAGAUGUUUGCAGCUGGUGCUAUUAAGGUGUUGUGCUGUACUGCAACAUUAGCUUGGGGUGUUAAUUUGCCCGCAGCUGUUGUGAUUGUGAAAGGAACCCAGGUGUAUGAUUCUAAGAAAGGUGGCUUUACUGAUCUUGGUAUAUCUGACGUGAUUCAAAUCUUUGGUCGUGCUGGUAGACCACAAUAUGAAAAAUAUGGUACUGGUAUCUUAUGCACAACCAAAGACAGAUUGGACGAAUAUGUCAGAUUACUAACGUCUCAACACCCUAUUGAAUCCAAGUUAAGUGAUAAGCUCGUUGACAAUUUGAAUGCUGAAAUAUCGUUAGGAACUGUCACAAAUGUUGAUGAAGGAGUCAAGUGGCUGGGUUAUACAUAUAUGUUUGUGCGUAUGAAACAAAACCCUUUUGCAUAUGGAAUUGACUGGAAAGAGUUGAAUGACGAUCCUCAGCUGUUUGGAAGAAGAACCAAAAUGAUCACAACAGCAGCUCGCCGUCUUCAUUCUUUACAGAUGAUUAUAUUUGAUGAGAGAUCUUUACACUUCAUUCCGAAAGACCUCGGAAGAAUUGCAUCUGACUUUUAUUUGUUGAAUGACAGUAUUGAGAUAUUCAAUCAAAUAUGUAACCCAAGAGCAACUGAGGCAGAUGUUCUAUCUAUGAUAUCCAUGUGCAGUGAAUUCGACGCCAUCAAAUUCAGACAAGAAGAGGCUACUGAACUUGCAAAGCUCCUUGAAGAAAAGUCGCCAUGUCAAAUUGGAGCAGAAAUUGAAUCAGCUCCUGGUAAAACAAAUGUUUUACUUCAAUCGUACAUCUCACGAGCUCAUGUUAAGGAUUCUGCUCUAUUUUCAGAUACCAAUUACGUCGCACAGAAUUCGAUCAGAAUUUGUCGAGCACUGUUUCUCAUUGGUCUUCACAGACGUUGGGGAACAUACGCCAAAGUUAUGCUUUCUAUCUGCAAGGCUAUCGAAAGACGACUUUGGCCUUAUGAGCAUCCUUUGAAACAGUUUGACUUACCUCAGCAAAUUAUGAGAGUAAUUGAAUCAAAGAAUCCCUCGAUAGAUGAUCUGCGUGAGCUGGAACCAAAAGAGUUGGGGGAUCUGGUCCAUAACACCAAAAUGGGUUCUACUCUUUACAAUCUGAUAGGAAGGCUACCAACCAUCUUGGUGGAUGCUGAAGUAUUCCCAAUUACGAAGAAUGUGAUGAGAGUACAUGUGAAUUUACAACCUGACUUCGCUUGGUCGGAGAAAUUCCACGGAAAUGCUGAAUUCUUUUGGGUAUUGGUUGAGGAAUCUAACAAAUCAGAAAUUCUACACUUUGAGAAGUUCAUUUUAGGUCGCAGGCAGAUGAAAUCGCCACAUGAAAUGGACUUUAUGAUUCCUUUGGCUGAUCCUUUGCCUCCUCAAAUUGUAAUUCGUGUGAUAUCUGAUACUUGGUUGGGUUCUGAAACAAUCCACAGCAUCUCUUUCCAACAUCUGAUCAGACCUCAUAACGAGACACUUCAAACAAAAUUACUCAGAUUGAACCCAUUACCAAUAACUGCGCUUCACAACGCAGAAACUGAGGGAAUUUACUCGCCAAAGUUCCGCUACUUCAAUGCGAUGCAAACCAUGACAUUCCACACGUUGUAUAAUACGAAUGACUCUGUGUUUGUUGGAUCGCCAACUGGUUCUGGUAAGACGGUGGUUGCAGAGCUUGCUAUCUGGCACGCAUUUAAUGAAUUCCCUGGUUCAAAAAUUGUAUACAUUGCUCCAAUGAAAGCGCUUGUUCGUGAAAGAGUGGAUGACUGGAGGGAAAGACUGACUCCGAAAACGGGUCAUAGAGUCGUGGAGUUGACUGGUGAUAAUAUACCUGCUGCUAAUGAAGUUCGUGAUGCUUCCAUUAUUAUCACAACACCAGAGAAAUUUGAUGGUAUCUCCCGUAAUUGGCAAACCAGAAAAUUUGUUCAAAAAGUGUCGCUCGUUAUUAUGGAUGAAAUCCAUUUGUUGGCAUCUGACCGUGGUCCUAUCUUAGAGAUGAUUGUCAGUCGUAUGCGUUACAUUGAAUCUCAAACUAAGAAGCCUAUUAGACUCCUUGGUCUUUCCACUGCUGUUUCAAAUGCAUUCGAUAUGGCAGGAUGGCUUGGUGUGAAACAAGGUCUGUUUAAUUUCCCACAGUCUGUUCGUCCUGUUCCCUUGGAGAUGUACAUUGAUGGCUUCCAGGAUAAUCUGGCAUUCUGCCCCUUGAUGAAAACUAUGAAUAAGCCGGCAUUCAUGGCUAUCAAGGCACAUUCGCCUGAUAAACCUGUCCUGAUAUUUGUCGCUUCGAGAAGACAAACAAGACUGACAGCUUUGGAUCUAAUUCAUCUAUGUGGUAUGGAAGAGAAUCCUCGUCGCUUCCUCAAGAUGGGUGAGGAUGAGCUAAACGGCUACCUCGAGAAUGUGAAAGAUGAAACGUUGCGUCUUGCACUUCAGUUUGGUAUAGGCUUGCAUCAUGCUGGUCUUGUAGAUAGUGACAGAAAGAUAUCUCAUAAGCUGUUUCAAGAGAAUAAGAUUCAGAUACUUGUGGCUACAAGUACCUUAGCUUGGGGUGUUAACUUACCAGCUCAUCUUGUGAUUAUCAAGGGUACACAAUUUUUCGAUGCAAAGAUUGAAGCCUACAGAGAUAUGGAUUUGACUGACAUCCUCCAAAUGAUGGGUCGUGCUGGUCGUCCAGCUUAUGAUACUAGUGGUAUCGCUAUCGUGUACACGAAGGAGUCCAAAAAGAUGUUUUACAAGCAUUUCCUCAAUGUUGGCUUUCCUGUGGAAUCCAGUUUGCACAAGGUUUUAGAUGACCACGUUGGUGCUGAAAUUGCUGCUGGUACUAUCAAGUCAAGGCAAGAAGCUCUAGACUUUUUGACGUGGACUUUCUUGUUUAGAAGGGCACAUAACAAUCCAACGUACUACGGGAUUGAAGAUACAACCACUGCAGGUGUCAGCUUGUAUCUCUCAAAAAUCAUUGAUACUGCUAUUAACAACUUGGUUGAAUCUAGCUGUGUUAUUGCUGGUGAAAACUCCUUAGAAGCUACACCUUACUUGAUCAUCUCAUCAUACUAUUAUAUGUCUCACAAGACGAUCCGUAAUCUUGUGGCCCAGGUGUCGAAGGACAGCACAUUCCGUGAAUGUCUACGUUUCAUGUCUGAAGCCACGGAGUACAAUGAAUUGCCUACACGUCACGGAGAAGAAAUAAUGAAUAUGGAAAUGUCACAACAACUGAGAUAUCCGGCCGAUGAUCUUGUUGACAGACCUAUCUGGGAUCCUCAUAUCAAGACUUAUUUGCUGUUACAGGCAUAUAUGUCACGCGCAGAUUUACCUAUUGCCGAUUAUUCCCAAGACACGGUCACUGUUUUGGAUCAAGCACUUCGUAUUCUUCAGGCAUAUAUCGACGUUGCGAGCGAGAUGGGAUACUUGGACACUGUUUUGAUGUUCAUUAAAUUGAUGCAAUGUGUUAAGCAAGGUUGUUGGUUUGAUGAUGAUACAGUUACGGCCCUUCCUGGUGCUCAGUUGAAGAGAAAAGAAGAAUACAAUCCUGAUGGUAUCAGCACUGAACUCUCUUCUCUGGGAGAGAAGAGCUCGAAGAAACAAACAACUCUGAAUGAACUUGGCUCAUAUCAAGGAAAGAAACUUGAGAACUUCUCCCAUAAAGUAGGAGUGGAUGAUGAAAAUCGCAAAGAGUUCAUUCGUACAGUGUCCAAACUUCCAAUUUGUUCGUUCACAAUUGAGCAAAAGAACCCAGAUCGCUUAAAUGUUUAUUUGAAACACCUAAACUCUCCUGUGAAUAAGGACUUCAAGAUGCUUCUUCACCGCUUCCCAAAGGCACAAAAGGAAUCGUGGUUUAUCAUACUGUUUGAAAGAUCGACACGUGAGCUUCUGACUCUUAAAAGAGCAAUGCCUAUGAUGUCAAAGGGUGAUCGUAACGGUUGCAUCAAUGCUGAAUUAUCCAUCGCGAAAGAACUACAGGGCAAAGCUGUCUGUAUAUUGGCUGUGAAUGAUGCCUUUGAUAUACAGUAUCAACAGGAUAUCCAGUUAAUGUGAGACUGUGGUGGUCAUAUCACGGACUGUCUGUACCCUCUAUCUACAGUUAUAGUAUGACAAUUAUUACGCACCAUCUAAUGAUUGGUCGACUCUAAUAAAUGAAGAAUCUUACUGCGGAUGAAACGAAG